AAACAGUCAUGAGUCGAGAAUGGAUGGUUCUUCGCACGCUGUUGAUUGCGCACGUGAGUCAGUCAGCAGUCGCUUGAUCUCCAUUCGUGAUGUAAGAGCUACAGGGAAAGGUCCUGGAUCCGCAAAGCUUGAGACCUCUGCCCAUCAUCAUCGAGGACCCCUUUUCACACGUUCGGUGAGCAAGACCCAUCGACGAUGGGAUCUACGCAUAGUCGGCAGCUACCGCGGCCUCGACCUACAAAGGGGCCCGUGCACAUCAAUGAGGCUUUCACAAGACAUGGACAGCCUCUUGUGCUCAGCUUGGACGCUCUUCGAAGCAAAAAUCCAUUCAAGAAUGCUGGCCACGCAGCCACAGUCACCGACCGCCUCACUGGCGAGGUGAUCUUUCGCGUGUCGGCAAAGCAUGGAGGUCGUCAAAUGAUCACUUCGCACGAUGGGAAACCCCUUCUGAGCCUUGAUGUUGAACACCGAGCUUUCGCCUCGACCAAAAUGGCCGCUUAUCUGGCCGGAGAGAGUCAAGAAACCAACCCAGUCUUGGUCGCAAAGCCCAUCGAUUCUUCGCGAAAGGUUCUGCAGGUGAUGGUGUCGAACCGAGCUUCGGACGAUGGCCAGGUACAAUUCAUCAUAGACUGCAAACGGUCCGGAAGACAACGUGGAGGUUCGUUGACCAUGAAUGGGGUACUGAUUGACUACGUGUCCUACGACAAGAAAGUGGAUCGAAGUGUCUCCUUUACGGUGCCACUCGGUGCAGACGCUUUGCUGUUUGCAGCGAUGAUGUGCUGCCUGGUGAGAGUCUUUCCCAACCCAACCAUAUCAAACCGGCGUUCUCUAACAAUCCUCAAUCUUUGCCUGACAUUACUGGUCCCUUGCUGCCAAUGAUACAGAGUCGGAUGUUCAUGGAGCGAGAUCGAGCUCGACGAAGAUCUGCCGCUGGCGGUGCAGCAGCUGGAGGGGGAGCGGGUGGAGGCGGUGGGUGCUGAAGAUCAGUUCGGAAGCUGGCCGCCCCACUUUCUCUGUAAGCUGGCGAUUGCUGUCGUCUCUAGC